AUGGCUGACGAUGAGGAUCCAGACUCAGAAUUCACUGAUGCGAGCAAGCGUUACUAUCGUACGUAUCACUCGCUCCUCAAUGGACGACCAUGCACAGCUGACGGCGUGUUUCUGCCCCCUGGCACACCACCAACUCCUGUCCCACCGAAGUCUCCUCACGACUGGAGCCCGUAUCGUAACGAUAUUGAAUUUGCAACGGCAGAGUUUGUUUUCAAACAAAGCCAUAUGUCUAACAAAGCUACAGACUUAUUACUCGACUUAAUGGCUGCGCAGCUGUUGAAACACGACGACCACCCUCCAUUCGCGGAUCACAAGGAUUUGCACAAGGUCAUCGACGCCACACAACUUGGCAAUGUCUCUCGAUUCAAUACACAGGGGAACGCCCUGAACAUGAUGCUCCUCCGUGGAUGGACAGAGAAUACGAGGUCUGGUACAGAGACCAUUCGCAAAUGUUCGAGGAGUAGUUAUUCAUAG